AUGCUCCGCUGUACUUCCUGACCUGCGGAAGCCGUGCCCGGCCCUCGGGUCUUAAAGGGCCAGAAGCAGCUGCGGUUCCUUGGCACUUUUGCUGGGAAGGGGUGCGCAGGCGCAGUGGGGAGUUCUCCAGUUGGAGUAGUCGUCGCGUAUUAAGUUGCUGCUCUCUGUCCCAGCCGAGGAAGCGAGAGUGCUGAGCGUCCGACCACCAAUUUGCACCUCACUAGAUCCACUGGACCAGAAAAGUUUGUGAACAGGGGUUCCCGAGUUUUGGGAUACCCAGGCUUGCAGCGUAGGGGGACGGAGGAGGCUGGAGGGAGCUCCCACCAUGGAGCCCACUCAGCUUGCAGAGAACCUCAUCCCAAACCAGCAGUCCCCUGCUCCUGAACUUGAGGAUCCUGAGGACCCCAGAGACGAAUCCCCAGACAGCUCAGAUACUGUGGUCCUCAGUCUGUUCCCCUGCACCCCAGAGGCUGUGAAUCCUGAAGCAGAUGCCAGUGCAUCCUCAUUACAUGGCAGCUUCUUGAAGCACUCAACAACCCUCACAAACCGGCAGCGUGGGAAUGAGGUCUCGGCGCUGCCAGCUACCCUGGAUUCUUGCAGCCCAAGGGGAGCUGAGCCAGCUGAAGGACCAUCUGCGGAAGGGUGCGUGUCCUGUGUGCAUGCACAUGCCUGUCGGGUAGGGGAACUUAUAUGUGACAACCUGAUCAACAAGCCAGAUGAACGUGGCUUUACCCCCCUCAUCUGGGCCUCAGCCUUUGGAGAAAUUGAGACAGUUCGCUGCCUGCUAGACUGGGGUGCUGACCCUCACAUCCUGGCCAAGGAGAGGGAGAGCGCCCUGUCGCUUGCCAGCAUGGGCGGUUACACCGACAUUGUGAGGUUGUUGCUUGAACGUGACGUGGACAUCAACAUCUAUGACUGGAACGGGGGGACACCACUACUUUACGCUGUGCGUGGGAACCAUGUGAAGUGUGUGGAGGCCUUACUGGCCCGGGGCGCUGACCUCACCACAGAGGCUGACUCUGGCUACACCCCAAUGGACCUCGCAGUGGCCCUGGGAUACCGCAAAGAAUUACAAGAUAGAAGGUUUUAUUUAGACUCAUGGUUCUGGAGGCGGGAGAGCUGCAGGCGUGUGGCCACGCUGGCUGAGGGUCUGGUAUUGCUUUGACUGAGUGCGGAGCAAGAGCAAGAGUGGGUGUGGAGCAGGAAGCCGAGAGAAGCCGAGAGGCCUUGUCUGAAAACAGCCGAUUCUCCAGGGAGCCCUGCCCAGCUGGAGCAGAGCCCACUUGUGAAGGGUUCCAGCCUGAGCUGAGCACCUCUGGGGUCUCCUGAGCAGUCUCCCCAGUCCCCUGUCCCACUCAUACCUCCUCCCACAGUGCAACAGGUGAUGGAGAGCCACAUCCUCAAACUGUUCCAGAGUACCCUCGGGCCUGCCGACCCCGAGUGAAGACAGCCUGUUGGGAACCCAGGCACUCAGGGAACAAACCAGUCUGCCCACAACUGGCUUGAGGCAGCUCCUGGACAGUGGCGGGAAGGGGCCUGCCCCAACAAGAACCAAUAAAUCUGUGGAGAUCUUGAA